AUGGCUGUGACGGCUAGCGGUGGGUUACUGGCGCAGCUGGGCCAGGUCCACGCCACGGCAAGGCGGUCGUUCGCCAGCAGCGCCCACACCGAGGAGGGCUCGGGCCGCUUGUGGAGGAAUCUGACCUUCUUCGUGGCGCUCGCGGGGGUGGCGGUCAGCAUGCUCAAAGCCUACCUGAAGUCGUGGGAGCAUCAUGAGCGGCCCGAUUUCGUCCCCUACGCCCACCUCCGCAUCCUGACCAAGCCCUUCCCAUCGGGAGAUGGAAACCACACUCUGUUUCAUAACCAUCACUUCAAUCCUCUCCCAACUAGGUAUGAGGAGGAGGAAAGGAAACUUGGACCACACUAA